AUGUGCCCAGGUUUGUCAUUUGGUCCCACCAUUUUGAUUCGAGAGGACAACAUGGCCCUGCUCGCCUACCAUGACUUCAGGGUGCAAGGUGAUCAAAUGUUGUUCACCAGGUUGGCCUUGCUCACAACCAUGUUGACAUCCACCAAGGUGUCAGAUGGGGUAUCCAAGCUCAUUGUCAAAUCGGACUUCGACAAGAUGACCAGAUCCCUACACAAGCAAACUGUCCAGAUGGAGGCAAUUCUGAAGGAGGCCUGGAAGCAGGAUGACACAGAUGUUGGCCCACAAAAGAAGGCUAUGGCCUUUGGGAAACUUUCAGUGAGAAUGUGUCUGCUCCUCUUUGGCAAGCAGAAGUUUGGCAGGGACCCUUUGGUGGAGACCUUUGAAGAGAUCACCCAGCUCUAUGCUGAGGAACUUGUAGGCGAUGGGAACCAUGGCGCUAUCGUGAAUGCACUGAGUCAACAGUCGAAUGCCCUCACAGCGCUGGACCAGGACGCCGUUUGCAGCAUUUUUGAAAACUACUCUGCAUCUGCCUCGGAGUUCUGUGACUUCGACUUCGUGUUGGCCCGUGGUCGAAGAUUUCCUCAAUUAGUUGCACGACUGGGAGAAAUAUCUGACUAUGUGACCAAGCUUGGAGCCGCAGGGCCCUAUAGCCAUUUUUACCAUGGCCACGAAGUUCCCUUGAACAACAGUGUCCUUCCUCAGCUUCAGCCUUAUAUGCCGCUGGAUGCAAACAGACUUAGCAUCAAGGGUCAUGGCUGUUUUGACGCUACUCCACAUCUGGGUGAUGAGCUGCUCAUGGCCUACAGGAUGCCAGAUUUGCUUCUGUGUGAUAGACAGCCCCAGUACGGAGACUUCCCCAUCAUGACAGAUGAUGCAACGCAGAUUAUUCAGCUGGCAAAAAUGUGGGAUGCAAGAGGCUUGCUCUUCCUGCGAAGAGGUCCAGUUGAGGCUGCGGCCAAUGCGGUUGGUCCUCCAGUGACUGCUGCUGAUGUUGCUGAUUUACACGCCUACAGUGAGAUGCUUUCUAGAGAAGCCAACGAGAAGAAAGUGAAGCGCACACGGGAGGUCGAGGGCGAUCAGCUCCACUUGCUGCAUGAACCUUCUGAUAAGAAGCGUGCUUCACUGUUGAGCGAUGAAAUCUUCAUAUGCUUCAAAUCGUUGUUCCAGGGAGAUCAUGGAGGCGUUGAAUUUGCUACAGCUUCUCAUGAGAGUGUCUUGCAGUCUCAGGGCCUCCUGUCGAGUUCCACACGGCUGGUUGCAAACAGGCCUUUCAGAGGGGGGCCCUUAGCAGAUGGCCUCGUGAUUGAUGACUAUUUUGCCAUUUCUCGAGAACCACGCCGUCUAGCUCCUGAGCAAAGUGCUGCAGCAAGAUAUUUCUCCCAGAGUCAGGCGGUCUACAAAAAGUACGACCUGAUCGGCUCUCCACAAAAAGAUGUCAUUGGCGAAAAAAGGGCUAGAGUUAUAGGAGCCGAGAUCAACUCCAACGACCAUGCUGCCCGUCGUGGAAUCACUUCUGUUGGAUCACCAAUUGGGAAGCGCUUGAGUCUUAGCUGGGUGACCUUCCAGAUUGCUCAACUACCGGCUACAACGGACUCUCUUCACCUGUGUCUUCUUGGUGGCUGGACUUCGAUGAUUUUGUAUCGCAGGCCUUUCAUGAGCCUCCUCACCGCAGUACACAAGCUUGUAGAUGCUGCCAGUGUUGAUGCGGAUGCGCCCAAGACAGUUGCUCUUCCAAGAUCUGUGGCAAAUGAGUUAUGCCUCAUGAGCGUUUUGGCUCCCCUCAUGGUGUCUGAUAUUGCUGCUGAUUUUUCUGAGGAGAUCUUUGCUACGGACCCCUCAAAUACAAAAGGUGCCAUUGUGUCGACUACCACACUGCCUUCCGUUGCACAAGAGCUUUGGCGGUGUUGCAGAACGAAGGGGGCAUACUCGCGCCUCAAGACUGACUAUGAGCUCCUGGUUGAACGACUUGGUAUUGCUGAGGAUGUUGGAGAGGAUGUCAAUGCACAGCACAACCCGGCAGACGAUCCCACUCGGGAUCAUGACCUUCGGCAGAAUCCAUCAGCCCUGCGGCCCUCCACCUCCGGUCACCAGACCUUCACCAAGCAGAGCCUUCCGGAUGCCUUGGAGCUGGGAUUUGUAGCCCUGAAGCCACGGGUCAGCGACGGGAUAGCCGAGCUCGUGCUGCAGGCGGCGGACAAUCCCUUCACCGAGGAAGGCGUCACUCAGAUGACGGACUACGAGGAGGCCCUGCAAGACAUGAUGGAGAAUGGCGGCUUUGCGAACCCUGCCGUGAGCCAGAUUUGUGCGGGUCUCAUCACCCUCUACGACGCGAAGGCGGCGACCACCGAAGAUGCGCAGUACUACGACCGAGCGACGGAGUACAUCUCCAUGAUGCAACAAGCCAUGCAGGCUGCUAUGGGAGAUGCUGCGCUGACGGAUCCCACUUUUUUCUAUUUGGAAUCCCGAAAGCAAAAGCUCCGCCGGAAGAAGGACCGGCGCUUGGCGAAGGGCGCUCCUUCGCAAGAGCUACAAACGCUGAUGAAGCAGCGGUGACCCGCGGAAACCGCGUCCACUCGAACCGCGGUUUCAGUGCAAAAAGCCAUCGUCUUCUGAACCGCGAACUUGCAGCGCCCGGUGUUUUGCCAGUAGGUUGAAGGUCGAGGACCGCGCCAAGGGUUG